AUGCAGCUUCGUCACUUGGUCCCAGCCUUUUUGGCUGUUUAUGGCAUCCACGCGGCGCCAGCACCCGUGGAAAAUGUCGAAAACAGCUUCGCAGAACGGGACACGGCCGCCGCUUCGUCAGUCUUCAUCCCUGCGUCGACGCUGUACACCGACAUACUAGCCGCCAAGGGGCUUCUUAACCUGGCCAUCUACCAGGCCAGCAAUCCUUCCUCAAGCUGCAACCUCUUUAAUACCGCCGUGCGACGGGAAUGGUCGAGUCUUUCCAAGCAGGAAAGACGAGCGUAUAUUGACGCCGAACUUUGCUUGAUGUCCAAGCCCUCCAAAGACCCGUCGUUUGCAGCGGGAGCGAAAUCUCGCUACGACGACUUUGUGGCUGUCCACAUCAACCAGACGCUAUCGAUCCAUGGAACGGCCAACUUUCUGGCGUGGCAUCGCUAUUUCACCUGGGCUUUCGAGCAAGAACUCCGGAACGAGUGUGGCUACACGGGCUACCAGCCGUACUGGAAUUGGGGGAAAUACGCCUUGGACCCACUGCACUCGCCUCUCUUUGACGGCAGCGACUACAGCAUGUCCGGCAACGGCGUCUACGAGCCGCACAACUGCACCAAUGCCCUGCCUACUGGCUUGAACUGCAUCCCUCCCGGGUCGGGCGGUGGUUGCGUCAGCACCGGGCCUUUCAAGGACUACGUGGUCAAUCUAGGCCCGGUGUCGCCGACCUUGGCCAUCCCGGGCAUCAUUGAUUACUCCAGCCCCGACCCGUUGGCCUACAACCCUCGCUGCCUGCGUCGGGACAUUUCCUCCUGGGUCUCGUCCAACUGGACCAAGGACUCGGACGUGUACGACCUCGUCAGCAACUACAAGGACAUUAUCUCCUUCCAAAACCACAUGCAAGGCGAUUUUCCUACUGGAUUCUACGGCGUCCAUACCGGCGGCCACUUCACCACUGGUGGCGACCCAGGCGGAGAUCUCUUCGCGUCGCCUGGCGAACCAACCUUCUUCCUGCACCACGCACAGAUCGACCGCACAUGGUGGAUCUGGCAGAACCAAGAUCUGAAGAACCGUAUCAAGGCCUUUGGUGGCGGUACCUCCACGCUCGACCCUACCGGUAGCCCGCCGGGCAAGCUGACUGAUCCCAUCAAUCUAGGCAGUCUGGCAACGACCAUCCAGAACCAGGACGCGUUGAGCACGACCGGAGGACCAUUCUGCUAUAUUUAUGUAUGA